AUCCUUGCAACCUUCAGUCAGUUUUUUCUAUAUCAUCUCAAACCGAACACAGUCUGAGUCACAAUAAACACAAGAAUGAGGGAAAAUAGAGAGGAAGUAAAUGGAAAAGUCGACCGAAAGGUGGCAUUUUAUAGGCUUUUUUCGUUUGCAGACAGAGUUGAUAUUGGGUUGAUGAUGGUUGGGGCGGUGAGCGGCCUAGCAAAUGGGUUGGCUCAGCCUCUCAUGAUGCUGGUUUUUGGUGGCCUCGUUAACUCUUUUGGCUUCUCACCUCCUUCACAAGUUGUGCAUGAAGUUUCAAAGGCAUGCCUGAAGUUCUUGUAUUUGGCCAUUGGUGCAGGCAUUGCUUCAUUCCUACAGGUGUCUUGUUGGAUGGUUACAGGAGAAAGACAGGCAACACGCGUACGAGGAUUGUACUUGGAAACAAUCUUAAGACAGGACAUUGCAUUCUUUGACACUGAAACUAAUACGGGGGAGGUCAUCGGUCGGAUUUCUGGUGAUACUAUUCUCAUUCAAGAUGCUAUGGGCGAAAAGGUUGGGAAGUUUGUACAACUCAUGUCUACAUUUAUCGGAGGCUUUGUCAUUGCAUUGGCAAGAGGAUGGCUUCUUACGUUGAUUUUGCUUUCAUGCAUUCCUGCUACAGUCAUUGCUGUGGGAGCCAUGGGAAUAAUCAUGACAAAAAUGUCCAUACGCGGCCAGCUAGCUUACUCGGAGGCUGGAAAUGUUAUCGAACAAACAAUAGGAGCCAUCAGAACAGUGGCAUCCUUCACUGGGGAGAAUCUAGCGACAAAAACGUAUAACAGCAAACUGCAAGUUGCCUAUGUCACUACGGCUCAACAAGGACUGGCCUCUGGCAUUGGUUUUGGUGCAAUGGUACUGAUUAUUUUCUGCAGUUACGGGCUUGCUAUAUGGUAUGGAGCAAAAUUGAUCAUCGAGAAUGGCUACAACGGUGGUCAAGUCCUUAGUGUCAUCAUGGUGAUCAUGACCGGUGGGAUGUCAUUGGGCCAGGCAUCUCCGUGUUUGAGUGCAUUUGCGGCAGGGCAAGCUGCAAUAUACAAGAUGUUUGAAACCAUCAAGCGUAAACCGCAGAUUGAUGCCUAUGACACCAGUGGGAUUGUAUUUGAAGAUAUCAAGGGGGAAAUCGAAUUGAAAGAUGUGUACUUUGCGUAUCCAAGUAGACCGGAUGUUCAAAUAUUUUCCGGAUACACGUUAAAGGUUCCAAGUGGCACAACUGCAGCUUUAGUUGGGCAAAGUGGAAGUGGGAAGUCAACAGUUAUUAGUCUACUACAGAGAUUUUAUGAUCCUAAUGGUGGUGAAAUUCUUAUAGAUGGUAUUAAUUUGAAAGCAUUUCAGCUCAGAUGGAUAAGACAGAAAAUGGGAUUAGUUAGUCAGGAACCUAUUCUGUUUACCACCACAAUAAGAGAGAAUAUAGCAUAUGGGAAGGAAAAUGCUACUGAUGAGGAGAUUAGGACAGCAAUUGAGCUUGCUAAUGCUGCGAAGUUCAUCGACAAGCUACCAAAGGGACUCGACACUAUGGUAGGAGAGUACGGGACUCAACUAUCAGGGGGUCAAAAGCAAAGAAUUGCAAUUGCGAGAGCCAUUGUGAAGAACCCAAAAAUCCUUCUUCUUGAUGAAGCAACAAGUGCACUAGAUGCCGAGUCAGAACGCAUUGUUCAAGAUGCACUUGCGAAUAUUAUGUCAAGUAGGACAACGGUGGUCAUUGCACACCGUUUGACAACCAUAAAAAAUGCUGACCUUAUAGCAGUUGUACGAGCUGGAAAAAUCGUGGAGCAUGGAACUCAUGUUGAAUUGAUCAAGAAUCCAGAAGGGGCCUACAACCAGCUAGUUCGCUUGCAAGAUGGUAUCAAUGAAGUUGAAGAUGGGCAAAUGAGGGGAGCAUAUUCUCUGCGUAGGGACAUAAGCAUGGAAAGGUCUUCAAGCCGGAGUUUAUCCUUUAACAGACCCGUAAGCAGAGGUUCAUCAGGCAGCUGGCGCUCUUUUAGAGGUAGCUUUCGGCUUUCAACCCCCAUUGGGAUUAUGAUAGAAGGAAAUGAGACUAUAAAGGAAAUUGACACAUAUGAGAAGACACCUCGUGAAGUAUCCAUUUGGAGGCUAGCCUAUCUAAACAAACCUGAGCUGCCAAUUUUGCUGCUUGGUUCCGUGGCUUCAAGCCUCAGCGGUGUGGUCUUUCCCCUUCUCGGAGUACUACUGUCAGCUUCUGUUAAAAUGUUUUACGAGCCUAAAAGUGAGCUAAACAAGGAUUCAAGGUUUUGGGCACUUGUGUAUGUGGGCCUAGGUAUCGCUACUCUAGUAGUCAUCCUAGUGCAAAACUAUUGCUUUGGAGUUGCAGGUGGAAAGUUGAUACAACGGAUUCGCUCCUUGUCAUUUGAGAAAGUUGUGCACCAAGAGAUCAGUUGGUUUGAUGACCCAAAAAAUUCAAGUGGUGCAGUAGGUGCAAGGUUAUCUACUGAUGCGUCAACUCUGAGGAGUCUUGUGGGUGAUUGCUUGGCCCAAAUUGUUCAGAACAUGGCAACAGUUAUAGCUGGCCUUGUCAUAGCCUUCACAGCCAACUGGAUAUUGGCACUCAUUAUUCUAGUUGUCUUGCCAUUGGUGGUUUUGCAGGGAUUUUUUCAACAGAAAUUCAUUGACGGGUUUGGUGAUGAUGCCAAGGCCACAUACAAAGAAGCAAGUCAAGUAGCAAACGAUGCCAUUGGCAGCAUCAGAACUAUUGCAUCAUUUUGUGCUGAAAAGAAAGUGAUGGACAUGUACCAAACAAAAUGUCAGGCCCCAAUGAAACAUGGAGUUAGGGUUGGACUCGUGAGUGGAACCGGUUUUGGUUUUAGUCUUUUUGCGUUCUACUGCACAAAUGCCUUCUGUUUUUACAUUGGAGCUCUUUUGGUGGAACAUGGGAAAGCAACAUAUGAAGAUGUUUUCAAGGUUUUCUUUGCUUUGACAAUUUCAGCACUUGGGGUUGCCCAGAGCACUGCUUUCGCUCCAGACACCAGCAAAGCCAGGGACUCUGCUGCUUCAAUCUUCGGAAUUCUUGACAGCAAGCCAAAGAUUGAUUCAAGCAGCAAUGAGGGUACAACCCUGAAAACUGUAUAUGGUGAUAUUGAGUUCAAAAAUGUCAGCUUCAUGUAUCCAACCAGACCAAACCUUCCAAUUUUUUGGGAUUUAUGUGUAACCAUUCCUUCUGGAAAGACUGUUGCUCUGGUAGGUGAGAGUGGUUGUGGGAAGUCCACUGUGAUCAGCCUAAUUGAAAGAUUCUAUAACCCUGAGUCCGGCCAUAUAUUCCUAGAUGGAGUGGAGAUCCAAAGGUUCAAACUGAGCUGGUUGAGACAGCAAAUGGGGCUGGUAAGCCAAGAGCCGAUACUCUUCAAUGAAACAAUCCAUACGAACAUUGUUUAUGGCAAGCAAGGAGAGGCUACAGAAGAAGAGAUCAUUGCUGCCUCAAGAGCAGCGAAUGCACACAAUUUCAUAUCAGCAUUGCCACGAGGCUAUGACACUAAUGUUGGGGAAAGAGGUGUGCAAUUAUCAGGCGGACAAAAGCGGCGUAUUGCCAUUGCAAGGGCAAUAAUAAAAGACCCAAAGAUCCUCUUACUCGAUGAAGCAACAAGUGCAUUGGAUGCUGACUCAGAGCGUGUGGUACAAGAUGCAUUAGAUAAAGUGAUGGUGAACAGGACAACCGUGGUGGUUGCUCACCGGCUUACCACAAUUAGAGGAGCUGACAUGAUAGUUGUUUUGAAGAAUGGAGUGAUUUUUGAGAAGGGGACACAUGACGUGCUCCUGAAUAUAAAGGAUGGGGCAUAUGCAUCCCUGGUAGCACUUCACGCGACCCCAUCUGUCACCCAUUGAGAGUGUUGUCUUAAUUAUUCUUAUUUAUCCAUGUCUCGUUGCUUCGAUUUUCUGUGAAAGUGUAAAUUUGGCCAGUUAGAAGAAGAGACUACACCAAGAAUUGAAGUUUAUCUAGAUGAAUUGUAUUUAUUGAUCUGGUAAUGAGCAACAAGUCAACAUUACAA